CUGAUGAGAUGGCCCCAGUUUUAUCUAAUGUGGCUGAAGAACUUUUAAAAGAAGUUAAGAAAGCCUAUCAGGAGACUUCACAAAUUCCGGAUGAACUGCUGUUGGCGUUGAAGUUUGUGUUUGGUCCCUCUGCUCUCCAUGCUUUGGACCUUGUAGAUCAGCGUUCAGUGACUUGUGUAACAUCUCCUAGCGGAAGAAGGGUGUUUCAGGCAAUGGGAAGCUCUGGGAGGUUGUACACCUGUUACUCCGCCUGUCAUUACUGCCCUUGCCCUGCGUUUGCUUUCUGUGUGCUGAGAAGGAAUGACAGCUUGCUGUGCAAACACAUUCUUGCGACCUACCUCAGCCAAGCAAUGGGACUCUGUCAGGAGCUAGCCCUGUCGGAUCAGCAGCUGACUGACAUCCUCUUAGAGAAAACAGGAGAAAAGGUAGAGGCCUGAUGGAUUGAUGCCACACUGGGGAGUUCAGGGAUAUUGUUUUAUAUGAAGGGGACACUACCUAUCAUUUGAAUGUAUAUUACUUAUAUGAUCUGAUACCUUUUGAAAGUAUUACUUGACAGUAAUGUUUAUAUUUAUAUUUAUUUAUAUUACGUGUUUUUGUUUUUUUUUAAUCCUCUGAAAAUGGGUUCGUUAAACAGACUGGGCAUGGCCUCACAUGAUGUGGUCAUUGCUGUUUCUACUGAUGUCUUACAAAACAUAACUUCACUGAUUGCGUCUGUGUGGUUUUAGUGACAGAGUCGAGACAAAGCAUUACUUUGUUGCUUAAAUAAAAAUGAAACUCACACCAGACUCCAGAAAGAAGCCAAUGCAAAUGAAAUAUCACUUUUAAUCAGAUUUCCUAUGCCCUCAGUAAGCGGUGUCCUCAAUGUAGCAAGAUGCAUAGCAAAUUAUCAAUAGUGUGUCUUAAAGGAACAGAAUGACUUUUUGCCGUUGAUUUUUGUCACUUUCUGCUUGUGGAAUGCUGUGCUGUGUGUGUCACUGCAAGAAGAAAUACCCAUCUUACUGAAUUGGAUUUAUUUUCAAAAUGCAGAUGCAAAAUAAUUUGUUGUGGCUACAAGUCGGGGUUUGGUCACAGUUGAAGCAUUUAUUUUUCGGUCUCCUUUCUGCAACAUUUAUUUUAACUAAUUCCACAGGCUUGGCAUUGAAACAGGUUAAACCCUAAAUCUUCAAUGCUGGCUAUGUUUACAACUAAUUUACAGUAUUUUAAAUUAGAUUUUGUUUUUAUAUAUGCAUGUCAUUCUCUUUCCUGAUUAUCCCACAUUCUGUUCAUGCAAUCUACUGCCAGUCAAAGAGAGUGAAUAGAUACAGUGUAGUCCAUUGGUAAUAAUGAUAUAAUGGUUUAGUGGUCUCCGAUACAGCCAGUGUAUUUAGGAGCAAAAGCAGUGAUAUAUUUUUUUUUCUUUCAGCUUUAACUUGCAGAUGUUUCUAAUAUGAAAAAUAAACAUGU